AUGAUGGCACUGACUUGGACCAGCACCAGCACCAGCACCAACGGCCCGUCGCUUCAUCACACCAGCUUCGAACCUUGGGCGGGCCCCACUGGCAUGACGGCCACUACCACUGGUGAAACGCCAGUUCCCGACUCCCUCGACUCUCUGACCCCCAAGCGCUCCUCCUUAUUGCACCGGUCGCACCAGUCCCGACGAUCCGUUCCAAGCUUUCACCUUCCCAGCCUCCAGACUACCACUCUCACAGCUUCAGCUUCCGCUUCGGCUUUGGCGUUAUCGUCAACUUCCUCCAAAUCAUCAUCUAACCGCAAUUCCGCUCCCGUGGUGACAUUCUCGCCCAACGUCUUAUCGGGUCCUAAUGCCGGGCGACCUCAGCAAGACUCCCUCUCCCCCGUGCUUCGCCCUGAUGUGAAGCGCACCAUGCCAUCGAGCGUGGCAUAUUCCGAAACGAGGACCCUGGCGAGCGGUCAUAGUCGCGCCUUAAACGGUGCUUAUCGAUUAGAGCCCGACAAGAUCAACAACAACGCCUCGGAGAUCGAUGACAGCCGCCCCAAAAACGAAGAUGUCUUUCUGAACAUCGCAAGAACUGAUUCAGGUCGUCGCGACUCCCUUGGUCGGUCGGAUUUUAGACGAGUGAGUGGCCUUGCUAGACUCAGAGGAGGUCGUGCUUCGCGUGUCGUGAACCAUCGCACCGUCCCGACCCUUUCUCCCGCGACUAGGAAGAUGACUGACGGAAGAGGGGAUGAGAGUAAACAGUCGCGACUAGGAUAUUCUACUCAAAGCCUUCGGUCGCCAACUACGCGAGCCGAGCCUGAACAAACCCCUUCCCCCGACCAGCGGUUUAGCAAUGCCGACAGCCCCUUGCUUUCGCAAAAGGGUUCGCCCACAGUCCCCCUGGGCUCGGUCAACCACUCCCCAUCCGCUUCUGCCCACCCUCUCGACGACCCAGCCCGCUUCCGCUACUCGAGCCUGACCACCGGCUCACGAUCAGUUAUUGGCGCUCCGCGCAGCAGACUUAGUCGAACGAGCCCAGAGACGUCCCCACGUUCACCACCGGUCAACGGUGAGCGACGGCCAUCCAUCCACGAACCGCGCCUACGGCAUUCUACCCUAUCUACAAUUCGAAGUAGCCGCCAACCAUCCACUUCCGAGGCCACGGAGCGUGCACGGGGAGAAACCGACAAGGCCCGCGACGGGACCGAAUCUACUCUGUCGACUAACGCCCCUUCUACUGUCUGGGACGAACUAGACGAUCUCAAGUCUCGAAUCCGCAAGCUGGAGCUCACCGGCAAAUUACCUCCAUCCUCACAGGAAGCGAUCUCUGGCGCCGCUCAGGAACGGCCGCGAACUGCAGCAACUACCGUGACUGCAUUGUCGACUUCACCAAAGCACCACCGCAAAGUCAGCGUGCCCUCGGCAGACGCUGACUAUGCGGCACAGAGCCAAGUUCACCCACUGUUGCAGUCGGCACUGGCAAAAGCCAAAGAUGUACUGACUAGUGACGUGUACACGGCGCUGGAAGCGACGAUCAAAGAUGCCUUGACCCUGUCCACCAUGUUGGGCGUCAAUACAGCUCCGUCGGGCACGGUCUCCGUCGUGAAUGGAGGGUACAGUUCGUCCGAGAGGCACGCCCGCCGCAAAGCGGACAGCGUGUGCCGCAGCCUGACCGAGCUGUGUCUGGCUCUGACGGACAAGCAGUUGCAAAGGAAUCGAUCGCGUUCGACAAGCCACGUUCCGGGAACGCAACCUCAGCGGACGAAUGGCGGCGAGAGUGAAUCCUUGGGGCCGGGACCAUCCUAUCAACGGGCUUCCAGCCAUGAACCGGAGGGUCUUGAGCGGCGUCCAAGCACGAGCAGCCGCAUGUCCAGUCGCUUAGAAGCACGCAGACUGUCUUUGAUUAACCCCGUUACGGCAACUGCUGCAGAUAACAAGUUACCCCAGUCGCCAAGCGUUGCUCCUCCACCAAGUCGUCUCCAUCGCAUGUCGGCCUCUCUUCGCAGUCGCAGGCCACCAACCGAUGAAGAGACUCCGGAGACAGCGACUCCAUUCAAUCGGUCUCUUUCUAGGGCCAUGACAGAGGUGGCGACACCGAGCCCCGCGCAGAGUGUAUCCCCACGACAGCGUUUGUCUCAUAGCGGCUCGAUAUCUCGCUCAAUCCCGAAUGUUCAGCAGCAAGAACAGCAUGAUCAGGGAUUGGGUGUCUCGCCUCGCACCUCGCAGUACCAGCAAAACCCUGCCCCCUCUCAAACACCCCAAGCUCAACCUCGAACCCCGACUACCUUAUCUCAAUCAAGUAUCCCGUUCCGCCGCAGUUAUAUGGCACCGGCUGUAUACUCCCCUGCGACAUCCCGCUCCAACAUUCAGGCUGGAUCCCGCCGGUAUGGCCUCUCGCCCAGCUUCUCCAGCACCACACCAGGCCCUGUCGCCGAAGAGAGCCCUCGAUCCUCUCAGCUAGGCCCGCCCCAAACCCGCAUCAGCGUGCCUUCGGGAAAAUCCGCUACCAGCUAUACCCCCAUUCAGCAACCUCGCCUCCGUACCAACAGCUUAGGCACACGGAAAUUCGGCCUUAGACGCCGCUCUGCUGCCACCCCCGACGACACCUUCAACUUGGAUGACAGUAUCGACUAA